AAAGGCAACAACCGAAGCCAAAAAGCGAUAGCUCAUCUGUGUUUCUCAGAAGAGAAGCAAAGCCAAUCCGAGAGAGAGAGAGGGUACAUACAGUUCAGCAGACCCAACCCAAGGCGAAGCCAAGGGGAGGAGGGUGCAGGCAGGCACCUCAGAGGUUGGAGAGCCUUUGCGACUGAGAAUAAUGUCCUCCAUUAACGCAGCCAUCACCACCUCCACCAGCAGUAGCAACAGAAGACAGGCCUACUGGUGUCACGAAUGCGACGUGAGUGUCUCUCUCCUCCCUUGUUCUCCUCCUCUCCUCUGCCCACUCUGUCAGGGCGACUUCCUUGAAGAAAUGGAAUCCUCUUUCUUCCUUUUCCCCUUCUCCUCCUCUAACUCUAACCCUAAUAAUCCUACUGACGAUUCCACUCAUCCCUACUCUCCUCCUCCCUUCGAUCCUUUCCCCAUUCUCUCUCCUCCUCAUAUCCUAUCCCCCACUUCUGACGAAGACCUCGAUACCGACGACGACAACCUCAGUAUUCCCGCCGCCGCCUUCCGUGUUGCCCCCUCCUCCGAUCACUACCUCCUCGACAGCCAGUAUCUCGAUCGUCUCAUUCAGCAUCUCGCCCAUUCCGACGACGAUACCGACAGCUAUCGCAGCCCUGGUUCCACACCCGCCUCUAAGUCCUCCGUCGAAUCCAUCCCCACCAUCAAGAUUACUAGCUCCUUCCUGUCUUCUGAUACCAUUCUCUGUGCCGUUUGCAAAGACGAGUUCGUGGUCGACGUCGAGGCCAAGCAACUGCCUUGUAAGCAUAUUUACCACUCCAACUGUAUCCUGCCUUGGUUGUCGCAGCACAAUUCUUGUCCCGUUUGUCGGUUUCGUCUCCCCACCGAUGAGGUCGAGCCGAAACCCUGCCAAAGCACCAGCGUAGCCGUGAGGUUGGCGAAUAUGCUGGAGGACGAUGAUCUGUUUGGAAUUGGGGGUACGUUGAGGCAUAUUGCCAGGAGACACAGACUUGUAUUUCCUGCAAGAUCUACUGCGUCUGCGGUGGAAUCCAUUCAGAUGGCACAAGCUGAAACGAGCUCAACGGGGCCUGCCAAUAGUGGGGAGACUGUGUCUAGUCGGCCGGUUGAAGGAGGGAGUCGUAUGGGUGCUGCUGCUGCUGGUGGUGGAAGUGUCAGGGUGAAUGAGGAUGGUGAUACCGUAGUAUCCGAGUUUAGGGAGUUCUUGUUCGAUUAAGCAUAGGCUGUUGUUGGAUUCUCUUUUUCCAAACUUAAGGUCGAGUGCCAGAGCUGUGACAACUUAGCAGACAGAUUUACCAGCAAGACUUGGGGUUUCAAGAGAAUGACUAUGUUGGGGGUCACCAGGGCCAGGGGCUAAUUGUAAUCACAGUGAUAAGGGGGUGGUUCAGCAUUGCUGAUUUCUUCCUUAUGCUGUUAUUUUUUAACAGUGGUUUCUUUUUGCAUCUGAACGAGUUAGGCACCAUAUAUGAAUAAUGCUAUUGCAUUGUCAACUAAUCAUUGACAGUUAGUUCUGGGUCGGACCAACUUUAUGACCAACUAAUUGGACAAUUAUGUGGAUGCCUAGAAUGGACAGUAAAUUGAUGACUAGUCAACUACAAAGUUAUUUUAAAGCUUUAAUGCUUGUAUCUCGAAUUAUUUGAAAAAAAAUUAGAA